GUCCCUAACUCAAUGGAAAUACGGCAGCGUCGGCGCCGCAGCUAACGCAGAAAACCAACGCAUUAGAGGAAAAUCCCGGAAACCGCGAGCAACCCUGAACAAGAGGUGAAGAAGAAGGAAAAAUGGCAACCGGCGGCCCAGGGAAGAACCCUAAGAAGGCGAAGCUCUUAGAUCCCCAUUCCAUCAAACACCUCCUCGACGAAUCCGUCAUCGAGGUCGUCAAGGGCCGUGGGUACGUGGAGGACGUGAAGCUCAGCAACUUGAGAUUGCUGAUCGGAUUCAUCAUCAUCGCCAUUGUCCUCCUUGCCCAGUUCUACCGUAAGAAGUUCCCGGAGAAUAGGGAUCUCCUUAUCGCCUGUAUCGCAUUGUAUAUAGUUUUCAAUGGGCUGUUGCAGUUCAUCAGCUACAAGAAGGAGAAGAACGCUAUCCUUUUCACUUAUCCCCCUCCUGGAUCCUUCAAUAGCACUGGGCUGAUUGUGUCUUCUAAGCUGCCAAGGUUCUCUGACAUGUAUACUCUUACAGUAGCCAGUGCAGACCCGAAGUCCAUUUCUGCUAAUAAACCAGUCCAGCUAACUAAGAGUGUGACAAAAUGGUUCACCAAAGAGGGCGUCCUUGUGGAAGGUUUGUUUUUGAAGGAUGUCGAGAGACUGAUUGAUGACUACAAUGGAGAACGAAAGAACAAAUGACCCAGGAUUUCCUGCCUUGAUGGCGACGUGUUGGAGGCUGAUCUUGGGAAGCUGCUGACUUGCUGCCAUCAAUUUUAUAAGAAAUAUCUAUUCCUGAUUUUAUAAAAAAUAUUAUAUUUCAAAAGAGCAUAAUGUGGCCUAAUCAUCAUUUUAUUGGCACACCAAAAUUAUAAAUUUUUAUGACGAUCCUUUUUGAUUUCAAAUUA